AUGUCCGAAGGUAUUACAAACCCAGAAAACUCUGAAAUUCAAACCAAUUACGACAAGAUCGUUCACAAGUUCGAUGAGUUAAAGUUGAAGGAAGUGUUGUUGAGAGGUAUUUACGGUUACGGUUUCGUGGACCCAUCUGCUAUCCAACAACGUGCUAUUUUGCCAAUUAUUGAAGGCCACGAUGUUUUGGCUCAAGCUCAAUCUGGUACCGGUAAGACUGGUACUUUCUCCAUUGCGGCUUUGCAAAGAAUCGAUGAGAGCAUCAAGUCUCCACAAGCUUUGAUCUUGGCUCCUACCAGAGAGUUGGCAUUGCAAAUCCAAAAGGUUGUGAUGGCUCUAGCUUUACACAUGGAUGUUAAGGUUCAUGCCUGUAUCGGUGGUACUGAUCCAAGAGAAGAUGCUGAAGCUUUAAGAGCUGGUGCUCAAAUCGUUGUUGGUACUCCAGGUCGUGUGUUUGACAUGAUUGAAAGAAGAUUUUUCAAGACCGACCAUAUCAAGAUGUUUAUCCUAGAUGAGGCUGAUGAGAUGUUGUCUUCUGGCUUCAAGGAGCAAAUUUACAAGAUUUUCACUAUGCUUCCACCAACCACCCAAGUUGUCUUGCUAUCCGCUACUAUGCCAAAGGAAGUUUUGGAUGUCACUGACAAGUUCAUGAACAAACCGGUUAGAAUUUUGGUUAAGAAAGACGCGUUAACUUUGGAAGGUAUCCAGCAAUAUUUCAUCAACGUGGAAAGCGAAGAAUACAAGUACGACUGUUUGUCUGACUUAUAUGAUUCUAUAUCUGUCACUCAAGCCGUUAUCUUCUGUAACACCAGAAGAAAGGUUGAGGAGUUGACUAAGAGACUAACUGAAGACGACUUUACUGUCUCUGCUAUCUACUCUGACUUGCCACAAGCUCAAAGAGACACCAUUAUGAAGGAAUUUAGAACUGGUUCUUCCAGAAUUUUGAUAUCCACCGAUUUGUUGGCUAGAGGUAUCGAUGUUCAACAAGUCUCCUUGGUUAUUAACUACGACUUGCCAAACAACAAGGAAAACUAUAUUCACAGAAUUGGUAGAGGUGGUCGUUUCGGUAGAAAGGGUGUUGCCAUCAACUUGGUUACUUCCAGAGACGUCGGUGACAUGAGAGAAUUGGAAAAAUUCUACUCUACUCAAAUCGAAGAAUUGCCAGCCAACAUUGCUGACUUGUUUGACUAA